AUGGCAUUGUCAUCAAUAUAUCGAGAGUUAAGAUUGACUGGUAAAUACAUUAAAAGCACUCUAUUACCAAUUUUUUCACGGCAUUUACAGAAGACAAAUGUAUCACAAUUUCUUCUAAGCAAAAGAGCUUACUCUCAGAUGGCAGUAGUUGGUGCAUUGAUGCCACUCAUUGUACCACUAAAAAUCGAGAAAGAAUUUUUGUAUUAUAUUGUCAUAAGAUAUCCUAUUUCAGGAUCAGGUUAUUCAGUCGCUUUUCUCUUCACUGCCAAUGAUUCUUUAAGCCCCUUGCGUCGCUUCUUGACCUUCCUGAAAACGAGUAUCCUGAUAACGGCCCCUCAGAAAGUAACCAUUGAUGUUAGACUCAACUGGUUGAUGCUUUGUCGAGUAUUUAUCCUUGAGGUUAGAUACAAUGGUAUUGCUUCCAUGUGGCGAGGGCUUGAACGACACAAGCGAAAUCAAGCUCUCCGUAGAAGGAUGAUGGCAGUCUUAAAAAGUAUGAAGUGGGAAGGAAGCUCAAGUAACUUUCGUAUCAAGUUAUCCGCAUUUAUCGCCAACAAUGAGUAUAAUGCAAUUACAGCAUCCUUCACAAAUAGACGAGUCGAUAGAAUCUUAUAUAUUCUUGUCAACGAUGUCGAGUUUGAUUAUAUUAACAAUAUUUCUCGAAUCUCAUUGAAUGUUGGGCGCAUGAGACCCGAAGAACGAAGUAGACGACAAAGAAAACUGAUGAUAAUGAUACAGUUUUCUAACUCUUUACAGCAACGGAUGUCUCAUGAAAGCUCGCUUUCAAAACGAUGUCACUGCCGGUUAUACCUGCCAGGUCUGUUAUAA